GAUGCGCGCUUUCUCGCGUUGGUCUUUGGUUGGUGGAUGGUAGUUUACCCAUGCGUCAGGGUUGGAAGGGGGCGGCAGGUGCCGUGGGGAAGGGGGUAGAGGCGGAGGGCAGCGAGGGGGACGCUGGAAAGGAGGGCACGGUGGUCGAGGGCAUCACCGCAUUCAUGCACCGUUUCCAGUCCACCUCGUGUUGUAGUGAUGAUGGCGUGUGUGUGGUGGCUUACUAGUAGGUUGUCAAUGCGCUCAUGUGCGGUGCCGUGGCUUGGUCUUGUAGGUAUGUGUGGGGCCGGGGGUGUUCGUGUGUGGGCGGUGUGAGUGGGUGCAGGCCCGCAGAGGCGGUGAAGGCAAUGUGGGCGCGGUCCGAAGCGUUCAGCUGGCCCGUGCUGCGGUCGGAGGGGAACAGCACUGCGUUCCAGUCACCUCCCAUAAGGAGAUGCUCUUUAGCGGCUGUCGUUUUGGCGGCUUGGUCGGUGCAGUAUUUGUAGAUUGCAGCGCGGGUGGUGUCGUCGCUGGGGGCGUAUAUGCCGAUGGCGUGUACUGGCGUGCUCUGGGGUGGUGCAAUGCGUAUGUGGCAGACGUGGCCUGCCAAGCGUGCGUCUGUGUUGUGUGCAUUCAUGUUCGUGGUGCCAGACGGGUGGCCAAAGCGGUGGGUGACACCGACCAUGACGCCAGCAUGUGGGCGGGUUCCCUCUCGUGGGCUGUAGGGUGCGUUGCUGGUGUAGGUUUGGUAGUGCGAGGAGAGGCCCUUGUUCGCGCUGCCCAUGCUGUAGUGGAGGCGGGUGGGAAUUUUGGUUUCUGUGAGGAAGAGCAUGUCCAGGGUGUGUGUGGUGACCGUGUGGAGGAUGCUUUCAUGGGGGCUCAACAGUUCCCUGGUGUUUAGGGUGAGGACAGAGAUACGCCCGUCAGGGAGUGGGGAGGGGCUGGUCUGGGCUUGGCCGGUUACGGGUUCAUUGGGUGUGUUUUGGAGUGUGGCUGCGUGUUUCCUCUUGUGCGCCAUUGCUAUGGUGAUCUGUUGGGGCUUCUUGGCUGGCGGUGGUGCACUGGAGGCGCAUGUGCUGAGCUUGCGUAGUUUUGGCAGGGGGUUGGGUGUACGCCUGGCGGGGCGUUUUGUGGGGCCCGCUGGUUUGGGCAUGGCGAGUAUGGUUGUGUUGGUCUGUGUGGCGGGACCAAGGUUAGCAUUGGUAGGUGGGCCGGGGGGUGGUGUGGUAGCGGGGGCAGCAUUGGGGGCAGCGGCGGGGGUAGUGGAGGGGUUAUGUGGAAGGGCUGCGGGCAAAGGGUGGGUUCUAGUUGCAGUGGGUUGCCCAACGGUGUGGCCAUCUGGGUCGUGUUUGCGUUUGGUGCCUGCCUGUGGGCGGGUGCUGGUGGUGGUGCGAACAGGGGUGAGGCGGAUGCCCUCGUGUGAGAGGGUGAUGCGGGUGGUGGGGGGCUUGAUUGUCGGGAUAUCCCGGAUGUUGAAGUCGGUGGAUAUUUCGGGGUGUCGUUGGUAGGUGAGGGUUAGGGCGAGGCCGCGUCCUAGGUCCGUCCACCGGUAGUAUUCAGGUUGCACCAUGUCGGCGUUCGUGAGGGGAAUUGCGCGUGGUUUGUUUGAGUCGUGCAACCACCAACGGCUGUUUGCGUGUUUCACGGUUCGGGCGUGGCCGCCGUGGAUAAGGAUAAAGCCGAUGUGGCGGGAUUCAGAGGGGAUGGCGUUGAGUGCUUCGUGUUGGGUUAGGCCGCCGGGGAAGGAGCAUGCCGUUAGCUGUACGUGGGGGACAGCUGGCAGGGGGGAGCAGGUGGUGACUUUGAGACAGUGGUUAAGAAGGCCGUAGUCUAUACUGUUGGCGAUUAGGUAUGUUGCCCAUGUAGGCACCGAGGCCGGGGAAUCAUGGUGAAGGAGCUGACACACCCGGGAGUGUAUAGUGGGGGGUGUGAAGAGGCGUUUCUAAAGGAGGUUGUUGCUUGCAUGGACAAGACAGGAGCGAUUGCCUCGUUGUCUGUCGUGUUGGUGCAUUGCUCUGACAACGCGGGUGGCUGAUUUGAGGCGUGUGCUCUUGCUGCCGGCGUGUCUGCUCUGUGUGUCGAGCGGCCGUGUGGGCAGUGGCUGGCUGGUGUAUCUGGUGCAGGCGGGUUCAUCAACGGUCACGUUUAAGGCAUGAUUGAGGUAGCAGUUGAUUGCUUGCCAUUGUUGGUGGGGUGCACCAAAAGUGCCCUGCCAUCCCAGUGCCCGGACCAGGUGCGUCCAUUUUCUGUCUACACUACAAGAGCACAGUCCAGUACGUCAGUAGGGCUAGUGUUGCAGCUAUGAGGAGGGUCAUUAUUACAAGACACAGUGUAGUAGUGCUGACCACAACAUGAGGCUGAUGAGCGCCUGAGGCUGGGGGUCCAAUUUCUCAGAACGAGACACCCUGCGCGCACGAAAAACACGCAGCUAUUCCUAGCAGCACCCUGUUUCAGUGGGCCAGCCCCCUUGCGCUUGAAGCCUACAUACUGUGGGACUCGCUGGCGGUGACCGGCCGCGAACCCAGUGCUCGUAUCUUCCAUCUACACUGUAGAAAUCUGCCCAAAAUCCGCCGAAGGCGGAGAAAAAUUUUUGGGUUUGGGUGCCACGCAUCUACGCAGUGUAGACGGUUUUGGCCGGUUUUGGCGCAAAAAUGGGGGAAGCGUAGACCUUUUGGGGGGCUUGGGGCUUAAGUGUAGAUGCCGCGGUCAGGGUCAUCUACGCAUGUGUAGAUGCCAGGUGCCUGAGGGCAUCUACAAGAUACGAGCACUGCGCGGCGAACCUGGCCGCUAACUUGACAGCGAGGCUUGCGCAUUGUCCCCGGGGGUGUGCUGACGAGUUUCCGGAAAAUUUCUCGAU